AUGGUUGGUCUUACGCGCCUUUUGGCUGGAGCCUGGCUGCUGCCAGCUGUGUAUGGCGCCGCCACGCAGACCUCGAGUUCGGCUUAUGUCCAAACCACCCUCGACUCCAGUGUCGAUGUGGGUGCCAACCUUAUCGCCAACGUUGAUGACCCCGAGGCCGUCAAUGCGCAGUCCGCUUGCCCUGGUUAUCGGGCAUCGAACGUGAAAAGCAAUUCUCAUGGAUGGACAGCGACCCUGAAAUUGGCAGGAAAGCCCUGCAAUGUAUACGGUACUGAUGUGGAAUCACUCGACUUUACUCUCGAGUACCUGUCUUCCACGCGGGUUAACUUCCAAAUCACUCCUUCCCAUGUGGAUGCCUCAAACGCAUCUUGGUACAGCCUCUCCGAGGACGUAGUACCGCGUCCCAAGGCCGACAAGCAAGGGUCUGCCCAGGACAGUCAUUUCGAGGUCUCCUGGUCCAAUGAGCCUAGUUUCAGCUUCAAGGUCGCCCGCAAGGCUACCGGAGACGUUCUCUUUGAUACCACGGGCUCCAAGCUGGUGUUUGAGAACCAAUUCAUCGAGUUUGUCACUGCUUUGCCCGAGGACUAUAACUUGUAUGGACUCGGCGAGCACAUCCAGCAGUUGCGCUUGCUGAAGAACUCGACCUUCACUAUGUAUGCUGCGGAUACCGGCGAUCCGGUUGAUCAAAACACUUACGGAUCGCAUUCUUUCUACCUAGAUACUCGUUACUACGAAGUCAAUGGCAAGGGGUCUCAUACUCUCGUGUCCAGUGACCAGGCCUCUACCUCCAAGGACUAUGUCUCGUACUCUCACGGUGUUUUCCUGCGCAAUGCUCACGGCCAGGAGAUCCUUCUUGGAACUAAGAAGCUCACAUGGCGUACUAUCGGUGGUAGCAUCGAUUUGACCCUCUAUGCGGGCCCAACUCAGACGGAGGUGACCAAGGACUACCAACUGAGCACCGUUGGUCUGCCUGCCAUGCAGCAGUACUUUACCUUUGGCUACCAUCAGUGCCGCUGGGGAUACCAGAACUGGUCCGAGGUGGAGGAUGUUGUUGCCAAUUUCCAGAAGUUUGAGAUUCCUCUGGAAAACAUCUGGAAUGACAUUGACUACAUGCACGGUUACCGUGACUUUGACAAUGAUGCGAACCGCUAUUCUUACGAGGAUGGAGCCGUGCUCCUGGAAAAGCUGCACAAGAGUGGCAUCCACUACAUCCCUAUUGUUGAUUCUGCUCUGUACAUCCCGAAUCCCAACAAUGCGUCCGACGCGUAUGACACAUACACUCGUGGUGCCGAAUUGGAUGUUUUCCUGAAGAACCCCGACGGAAGCACCUACAUUGGUGCUGUCUGGCCUGGAUACACCGUCUUCGCCGAUUGGCACCACCCUAAAGCCGGUGACUUCUGGGCGAAUGAGCUUGUUACUUGGCACGAAAAAGUUGCCUUUGACGGUAUUUGGAUCGAUAUGAAUGAAGUCUCUUCUUUCUGUGUUGGAAGCUGUGGUACUGGAAAGCUCAGCCAAAACCCAGUCCACCCUCCAUUCUCGCUUCCCGGUGAGCCUGGAAAUAUCGUCUACGAUUACCCCGAGGGCUUCAAUGUCACAAAUUCGACCGAAGCUGCCUCUGCCUCUGCGGGAUCCUCCAGCCAAGCUGCUGCGGCGGCGGCUACUGGACAGUCUGCGACUACCACCACCCCCUAUUUGCGCACCACGCCUACUCCUGGCGUUCGUAAUGUGAACCACCCCCCAUACGUGCUCGACCACUCUCAAACUGGCCACGAUCUUGCGGUGCACGCUGUCUCUCCCAACGCAACUCACUCUGAUGGUGUUCAGGAGUACGAUGUCCACAGUUUGUAUGGUCACUCUAUCAUUCGUGCCACCUACGAGGGUCUCCUCAAGGUCUUCCCUGAGAAGCGCCCAUUCAUCAUUGGUCGCUCGACCUUUGCUGGAACUGGUAAAUGGGCCGGCCAUUGGGGCGGUGAUAACACCUCCAAAUGGUCAUACAUGUUCUGGUCCAUCCCGCAGGCUCUCCAGUUCUCGCUGUUUGGUAUUCCCAUGUUCGGUGUUGACACCUGUGGUUUCAAUGGCAACACUGACGAGGAGCUCUGCAACCGUUGGAUGCAGCUGUCGGCCUUCUUCCCUUUCUACCGGAACCACAAUGUGCUCUCUGCCAUCAGCCAGGAGCCUUACCAGUGGGCUUCUGUUGCUGAGGCCUCCAAGGCUGCCAUGAAGAUUCGUUACGCCAUUCUCCCUUACAUGUACACUUUGUUCCAACAGGCGCAUACCACCGGAUCGACGGUCAUGCGCGCACUGGCUUGGGAGUUCCCCAAUGACCCCUCCCUGGCGGCUGUGGACACCCAGUUCCUCCUCGGACCUUCCCUCAUGGUUGUCCCUGUCCUCGCACCUCAGGCAACCACUGUCAAGGGUGUUUUCCCGGGCAUCAAGGAAGGCGAGGUCUGGUAUGACUGGUAUACCCAAACUGCCGUCGAUGCCCAGCCCCAUGUCAACACGACCAUCGCCGCUCCUCUGGGCCACAUUCCCGUGUUUGUGCGUGGUGACAGCAUUCUCCCCAUGCAGGAGCCUGCCUUGACCACCCGUGAUGCUCGCAACACCCCUGGACCCUCCUCGCUGCGCUCGGCGAUAAGGGAACUGCCUCGGCCCAACUCUACUCUGACUGUCACAUUCAAAGCUACCAAGUCCAGCCUUAGCGCUGAGCCCCGUGGAAACUGGCAAGAGAAGAAUGCGCUCGGCAAUGUCAACGUCCUGGGCGUCACUCACAAGCCCAAUGGCGUGACUCUCAACGGCAAGACCGUUCCGGCCGCGUCCGUCCACUACAAUACUACCUCGCACGUCCUGUCGGUUACUGAUUUGCAGAAGAUGACAUCGAAGGGAGCGUUUUCAAGCAGCUGGGUCCUGAAGUGGUAA